AUGCAGCGGAGUGGCUUGGCUGCGACGCGGAUCAAUACUGCAGGGCGACUGGCGGCGCCGCGGCCAGUGCCAUCCUUCAAGCCGGUUCCAUUUAAGCAGGAAAAGUUUCUUUCAAUGAAGAGCCGCACCGCAGAGACCUACUUCAAUACGCGGAAGCAGAUCUUGAAACGAUCUGCCGAUGCUCAGGUGCAGGUAAGAAAGCUGCAGCAAGGCCAGAACAGGGAGGGGAACAACGCAUGCUGUGAGCGAAUACUACUUGGCACUCCGCUCACGCCGCACAUGGCGGACGAAAUAGACGUCUGGAAUCGAAGCCUGAGAAAUCUCGAGGCAAUGCAGGGAUUUGUGCUGACCGAUGAGUUAAUCUACAACGCCAUCGCGAAAAAUAUUCGAUUAGGGGCAUUUCCGUAUGCGUUGGAUUGGUUAGGAAAGUGCGCGCGGGAGCGUCGAACCCCUGUUCCCACUGCUGUGCUGCAUGAUGUGAGGAUAUUUAUCGAUUUUUUGCAGUCGGUGCUACCGUCAAGCAAUGCGAGUUUGACGAAAGCCCACGAGGCCCUUCUUGGAGGUGCACCCGUGAUGGCUGGCGCAACAAUACCAACUAUCGCCGAGGAAACGGCUUCCGCUCCAUUUCGGCCCUCAGAGGAAGAGAAUGUGGACGAGACGGGUCCCACACAGCUUGUGAACUCGUCGCCAUACGUGCGCUAUAUUUUAAAGGAACUUUACAUGCCUCUAUGGGAGUCUUUGUCGGAGUUAGGUCUUCUCCCACUUGAGAGAGGGGAGGCGGACUGGGAACACCUUAUACGAACGACGCAGCGUAACAAGAUGGUGUUGGGGUUGCUUGGCCGUCUUUGUUGUUGUUCCUGUGGUGACGCCGGCGCGUUUUCUCUUUAUUCCGCUUCCUCAUCACUCUCGUCCGCCCCACCUAACACCAAGACUGACAGCAACAUUAAGGUCGUACCAACAGCCCUACAGGCAUACACGGAGCUUCUGCUUGCCCUCCUACAGUGUGCGGCGGAAGCCAAGGAGCUGCAUCUUAUUAUUGAACUGCAGUUGAUUUUCUGCAUGUUGUUUGUUGAAGCAACGCCUCAAGGCGAGUCGACGCAGGGUUGGAGACUUAAAAAAACUCUUUGGUGUAGUACUGAAGCAGAGGAGGAAAUCCUUUGCCGUUUUGCAAACGAGUUUCUCGCUGCUGCGUACUAUGGUAGGCUGGCGCAUCAAGGCGAGAUGUCCCUGCAACGUUGUGCUCGAUCUUCCUCGGAUGGCGUUUACGACGCUGGGGAGCAGGGUGGGGUUGGUGCCAACAGCAGUGAGGAUGAGGUGUGUGCGAAAAACAUGAAAUGGGUGGAACAUGACGAGGAUGAGGAGCAGGGGCAGACUUCGCCAUCGUCGUUAUCUAACGACACAGUGGGGGUCGAUGACUCCAUAGAUUCUUCUUUAUUAUCAACAUCAUCGUUAGUAAUGCGACGGCAAAGGGCCGUGGAUGAGGUGCUGACGCAUUUACUCCAGGAUGAAGCAUCUGCGCUCACAGAGGCGUCUAUGUAUGCUGCUUUGGCGCUAGAGGACGCUGCGCUUAUUCCCAACGACAACAGGAUGUCCACGUCAUUCUAUAGCUUCUCGGGCGUAGAGGUGGAGUGGACACGACUACACUGUGAUGUGUGCCGGCGGUGUCGUCUUGGAGAAAAGUGUCGCAGCUGA